AUGGUGCUAUUCUUGCUGAGAAACAUACCUGGGUUAAAAUCUCGUGUCCUAGCUCGGACCAGUAGCUGCAACUGCAUGAAUAGCUUCCUAUCGCCAGUCCCAGAUUAUUGCUUAUUUCUUUCUUUCAUUCUAUUUAAUGAAACUUAUUCUUUCUUUCAUUAUGCAUAUAUAGAUUAUAUUAGAGAUGCUGGAAUAAUAGGUGGGCAUGGAAAACCUGCUACUGAAGAUGUCCUUGUAAACAUCCUCCAUCGUCUUGCACCACGCUGCCUUGCAAUUUCUCGAUGUGUUUGCAAGCCUUGGCGCACCAUCAUCGAUGCUCGUUGCCUGCUGCGUGUGGACCUCCUUCCACACUUGGUGGGUGGCAUAUUCAUCAACUUCCAUGACCUAAUCUUGUCUGAGUUCAUCUCCCGCCCCUCGAUAGGCCCCACGAUAUCCGGCAACUUUAACUAUUUGCCUCACAACUCCAUAGUUAGGGACCACUGCAAUGGGCUUCUCUUGCUUGAUGGCUAUGCGGAUUACCCGGCUACACGACAGUAUUAUGUGGUUAACCCGGCCACACGACAGUGGGUACAAUUGCCCCCAUGCCCAAGUUCGCAUCCAGGGAUGUACAGUGAGAGCACGGAGUACCUUGUCUUUGACCCCGGAUUGUCAUCACAGUUUGAGGUAUUUGUAAUCCCCUAUGCUCGUGUCAUGCCCUAUGCUUCUGUACUUCAUCGCAAUAUUCAAUUAGACCCCAUGAUAGAGAAAAUAGAAUGGCCACCAUCGCCAUGCAUCCUGCAUGUUUUCUCAUCAAGGACAAAGCAAUGGGAGGAGAGGUCGUUUGUUCGAGAAGGGGAGGCUGCAGGAACUUUGGCCAAGAUACGACCAAAUUUUCCACAUUUUCUGCAGAACGCAGUCUACUGGCGAGGAGUACUUUAUGUACGUUGCCAAACCAAUGCUGUUAUGACAAUAUCACUGUCUGGUAAGUACCAAAUAAUUAAACCACCUUAGUCACCUUUGGAUAUUGGAGAUAUGGAUGAUUCAAAUAUAUAUCUGGGACGAUCACAGAAGGGGAUUUACUGUACAUUUGUUGAUAAUCCAUGCGGGGUAUAUAUUCUUGAUGAAUCAUAUGGCAAAAUGGAGUGGGUGCUGAAGCAUAGAAUUUGCUAUGUGCCUAGACAGGAAUUUCAUCAAAUUGGACCCUGGACCUUACAAGAUAUCAACUUUUAUGAACAUAUUGGUCAUUCUGAAUAUGAUAACAGUGAAGCAAUAGAGGAGCAAAAAUUUGAGUGGGACUCUGACAAUGAUAAUGUCAUCGAUAUUAACAAUAGGAGUAAUUUGACUGGUUAUGUAACAAUCCUUGGAUUCCAUCCAUACAAGGAGGUUGUGUUCUUGAGCCACACAUUGACCCGUGGACUGGCAUACCACUUAAACACCAGAAAGGUCCAAGACAUGGGCAACAUUCGCCCAAAAUAUUAUGGAACUGAUAUGGGCAUCCAGCCAUUUAUAGAAGGGUCUUUUCCAUACACACCAUGGUUGGGAGAAUUUCCAGAGGACAAUUAAUUUUGAAUCUCAUCUUGCCUUACAAUGUGAUGCAAGGCAUAUUGGUAUUCACUAGUCAGAACAAUAUAUCGCAAGCCAUAAAAUUCCUUUAUGGGGCCCGUAUCAGUUAGCUUCUCAGAUUAAUUUAUCCGCCAGCCGAAUACUCCAUGUGUGUAAAGUAAGAGACCAGUUAUUGUUGCCAGACAAACAGCAACGCCGCCCGUUACAAAAAUCA